AUGCAGAUCACUGCCAGGAGAGUUGCUCGCAUCAGUUCUGAGUGCCGAUUGCAUAUAAAGGAGGAGGCCUAUGUGAAUUCAUUUAAGCCUCAUUUGAUGGACCUGGUGGUCGCAUGGGCCGAAGGCGCGAAUUUUUCUUCAAUCUGUCAGAAUACUGCGCUCUUUGAAGGCACGAUUAUUCGCUCACUACGGCUUCUUGAAGAGCUCUUACGUCAAAUGGCGAAUGCAGCCAGAUCCAUUGACAAUGCAAUUUUGGAGGCCAAAUUUACUGACGGUACCGGUUUUUGA